AUGGAUACCUUACUCACAGCAGAGAUCUACGCAAACUCGCCCCGCUUUAGGCGGCGGUCGAGUACCUUCGUGGACGCUAUUCAUGAUUUACCUGGGAAAGAAGAGAUGGCACCAGCCCAACUGUACAGCACAGAAUCCGGCCGCCUCUUCCACUCUGGACGCAUUGUUAUCGCCACCGUUGGACUGCCAGCUCGAGGAAAGACGCACACCUCGGUCGCUAUAGCCCGUUACCUGCGGUGGCUGGGUGUCAAGACGCAUGUGUUUCACUUGGGCGACUACCGUCGCGCUACGCUUGGCCCUGAUCAGGAUGUGCCCGAGGACUACUUCUUCCUCAACGCUACACCGCAAUCGGUGCUGCUGCGGAACAAGAUCCUGAAGAAAUGCCGUGACGACAUCUACCACUUCCUCGAAAACGAAAAGGGUCAGGUUGCCAUCUACGAUGCUGUAAACGCCAUCAGCCAAGGCCGAAGAUCCUUGGCCAAAGAAUUCGCAAAGAAGGGAAUCCAAACAGUCUUCAUCGAGUCCCAAUGCACAGACGAGCGCAUCAUCCAGGAGAACGUUCGCCGAGUCAAGAUCUCCUCCCCAGAUUACAAGGGCUGGAACGACGAGGAUGCGGUCCGAGACUACCUGGCGAGAAUCAACUCAAGGAUACCGCAUUUCGAAACCAUGGAAGAGCAGGAUCUUCACUGGAUCAAGAUGAUCAACGCAGGCGAGCGGGUUCACGUAAAUAAUUGCGCCUUCGGUUAUCUGUCGCAGCGAAUCGUCUUCUACCUGCUCAACCUGCACAUCAAGUCUCGGCAGACCUACUUUGCGCGCGCCGGCACCACACGCGAGGAAGACUCGUACAAAGCCGACGCAGAUCUAUCGCCAGCCGGACACGAGUAUGCCAAGCAGAUGAGCGAUGUACUGUUGAGAUAUCGUGAAGAAGAGAGGCUGAAACUGAUCGAUCAAGGGGCGCCGGAUGCCGCCCUAAAGCCGUUGACCAUCUGGACCUCUACACGCCGACGCACUGUACAAACUUCUGAAUAUCUGGCGUCAAUGGGAUACCGUGUUAGGCAACGAUCACAGAUGAGCCAAAUGAACCCUGGAGUUUGCGAGAAGAUGUCAGAGCGCAAGAUCAGAGAAGAGUUCCCUCAUGAAGUGACCAAGCACGAGGCAGACCCCUAUCAUCAUAGGUACCCACGGGCGGAGUCCUACCACGAUCUCGCCGUACGCAUGGAACCUAUCAUUCUCGAGCUCGAACGGGAAGAGAAUGACCUACUCAUCAUUGCCCACGAGUCGGUUCUACGUGUACUUUACGGGUAUCUCAUGGCAUGUAAUGCGGCCGACAUCCCCAAACUCGAGUUUCCGCGUGACGAGAUCAUCGAGAUCAUUCCCUCAAGCUACAACAACGUUGCAAAACGCAUCAAGAUACCCAACCUUCCCCAGAGCAUGGUCCCCGGUAGCCCCGAGGACAUCAAAAUCCCUGUGCCCCCAAGCGGAGCGGUAAGCCCCUUCUCUGGGAUAGGCACCCCCGACGCCAACUCUGGGACAGCAACACCUCAGCACCCGUCUGUUCAGCCAUUGAAUGUGAAGUCAACCCACGUUAACCCCCUUGAGUAA